UAAAAAAUGGAGGAGAAUUUUCGCGCUGUUUGAUCCAAUUCCAAGAGCUUCCAAAUCUCUUCCCAUUCGAAUUCGAUUCCACCAGGACAGAGAGAAGCGUCACUUCCAUCUCAAAAGUUUGUUGCCUUGCUCUUGUUGCUUUCGCGAUGCCAGAGAUCGCCAGUGCCACAGCCUUUUCUUCUCCUCUUCCUUUCUUUUCUCUAGCUCUGGAGCAUUUGGAUUUCAUCCGCCGUGUGGUCCUUCCAUCCACCUUGCCUCGAGCGUUCUAGCCGCUUUCUUUUCUUUCUUUUCUUGCUUCGCGUAAUUGGCUGGAGUCUUAAACCCGCAGUGGACUUGGACGCUCGCCCUGUCCUUGUGUACCUCGCGCAUUUAAUUUUCGGAGAGCUUCCUUCUUCCCUCCACUGCGCACUCGCCCAUCUUCCACUUUCGCCCCUCUCUCCCUUUCAUACCAGGAAGGACGUUGAGAACGAACGGAAGAGGAAGAGGAAGAAUGCGGCAUUGAUCGUAAUUGCUUUGCUCCGGAGCGAAGAGGAGGAAGGAGGAGGAUUGAUAUUUAUGGAUCAAAGCUCUAGUCCUAGUAUCAGUCCAUCCUCGCAUGAUCUAGCGCAGGAGUAUCAUGAUCAGCCUCACGACCAAGCAGGGAAGAAGUUCACGACGACGACGAUGCUGGCCGUGGGUCUGGGAAUCUCGUCCUUCGCCGCCAUUGCAAUGCUGCUCCUUCUCAUCUACCAGAAGAUCUCGCACAGGAGAAAGAGGAGGAGGACGAGCAGGGGGGAUUUCACUGCGGCAGAGGAUUUCAUGACACAGCGGUCGGACAAGAGCACCACAGAGUGUAUGCUCAUGAAUCACUCCUCCAAUAAUUCCUACAGCUCGCCAUCCCCAACUCCUCGUCCCGUUUUGCCGCCUCCAUCGCUGCUAACUCUCCAAAUCUCCCCUCCUCCAAACAAUUGCUCCGGUGCCGGAGGAGAGGAGCGCGAUCACAUCGCCAUCAAGCGGCCUGGACCACAGCCUUUCUCCCUCCACCAGCUCCAGAUCGCCACGAACAGCUUUAGCGAGCGCAACAUCAUCGGCCGCGGUGGAUUUGGCUGCGUCUACAGGGGAAUCCUCGCGGAUGGGAGGGUGGCGGCGGUCAAGAAGCUCGAUCUCGAGGGCAAGCAGGGAGAGGAGGAAUUCUGUGUCGAGAUCGAGAUGCUGAGCCGAGUCCAAGCUCCAAAGCUGCUGGAGCUGCUGGGCUACUGCACGGAGAACGAGCACAGGCUCCUCGUGUACGAAUACAUGGCCAAAGGGAAUCUCCAGCAGCAUCUCUAUCCGGACGAGGAUGACCAUGGCUUUGUUCCACUCGACUGGACGACGAGGCUCAAGAUCGCCUUGGAUGCCGCCAAGGGUCUCGAGUUCUUGCACGAGUUCGUCACCCCACCGAUAAUCCACAGGGAUUUCAAGUGUAGCAACAUCCUCCUCGACGACAAGCUCAACGCGAAACUCUCGGACUUUGGGCUCGCCAAAGUGGGAUCCAACAAAGUGAACGGCGAUGUCUCCACCAGGGUUCUCGGAACCCAUGGCUACGUUGCUCCAGAGUAUGUGUUGACAGGACACUUGACAACGAAAUCUGAUGUUUAUAGCUUUGGAGUUGUGUUGCUCGAGAUUCUUACUGGCCGUGUGCCAGUCGAUAUGAAACGACCUGCUGGGGAAGGCGUGCUUGUCUCUUGGGCGCUUCCCAGGUUGACGGACAGGGAUAAGCUGGUGGGCAUGGUGGAUCAGGCUCUGGCAGGGCAGUACUCCAUGAAAGAACUCAUCCAGGUGGCGGCAAUUGCUGCGAUGUGCAUACAACCGGAGGCGGACUAUCGGCCGCUCAUGAUCGAUGUGGUGCAGUCGCUGGCACCACUGGUGAAACAAAGGCUUCAAAAUCGAACCGGGUGAAGAAGAUCAGCAGGGUCAAUCAUAAAUAUCGCAAAACGAUGAGUUUUCAUGUAGAUAUUUCUAACUACAGAGAUGUUUAUAGAACAUUUGUUUUCACAAAAGGGGAAAAAAGAAGAACUUAUCAAUGUGAUCAAUGACUUCGAAGUUCCAAGCU